AUGAAGUGGUUCUGGUUUAUCACCCUUAUCGUACCCGUCCUCGCCUACCCACUUGAAUCGGAUGGAAGUGGUGCGCCUCGUCUGUGUCCCUACUCAGGAGAAGCUGCUCCAGCUUAUCCACCAUGCGACUACAUUCCCCAGGAGGAAGUGACCGAACCGCCUCAGGAGUGCAAUACUUGCGCCAUGGAAGAGCCGACGAUUCCACCUACACCGGAGCCAUGCAGCUGUUGUGCUGUGGAACAGGCAGAAGAGCCAGAGACUACACCUGCUCCCGAGUCCUGCUGCUGUACGGAGCCAGUACCGGAACCGGAACCGACCCCGGCACCGGCAUGUGCCUGUCCCCCGAUGGAAGAAGAGACUACAGUUGCUCCUGAUAUGUGUGAAUGCCCUCAGCGCCGUCCUGUGGAUGCGGAUGCGGCUGCGGCUGUGGAUGCUGUGACUGCUGCUGCGACUGCUGUGAAGAACCAACGACAACCACUACCACAACCACUACGACAACGACUACCACCACCACUACCACUACGACGCCAACAACGACUACGACCAGCCCUCCAUGUUGUUGCUGCUGCUGCCGAAGGAGACCUAGCUGUGGCUGUGGAUGCGGUUGCGGUAAUGGGCUGCGCUGAUGGCUGGUUCCGCUAUCAAGACUCCUGCUAUUACAUGGAACUGACUAAGAUGGAUGCAGCAAGCGCUGAGAGAGCCUGCAACGAAAAAGGAGGAUCACUGUUUGUGGCCGAUACCCUUGCCGAAUUCAACGAAGUGAUGAAGGAGGCCCCACUCUAUUUCUGGAGCUGGAUUGGACUUGGGCAGUCUGAAGGUGACAGUUAUCCGAAGUGGCACAUGCAGGGAACUUCACCGAUGAAAUGCGAGAGAUGCCUCCCUCCACCCAUGUUUGUGCCAAUUUGGGAUGGCAUCUACGGAAUGGACCCAUCCCUACUGUAA